AUGGCAAAAUUUGCUUUUGCGUUGGUCGUUAUUUUUUGUAUUGGUGUUAUUAUUGAAGGAGCGAAUUUAACAAGUGAAAAAGAAAUUAAUUUAAAAGAUAAUUUCUUAUCGCUCAACUUUGACAUGAAACGCCAUUUGAAAGUUGUUCAAGGAAAUAUCUCUUUGUUUACAUUACCAGGGAAAGAUUGUGCAGAUAUUUACAAAAAUGGUGAAAAAAAGAACGGAAUUUAUCAAAUUGAUCCAGAUGGUCAGGGAUUUUUUGAGGUUUUCUGUGAUAUGAAGUCAUCUGGUGGAGGUUGGACUGUGUUUCAACGACGUCAAGAUGGAAGUGUAAACUUCUAUCGAGGUUGGAAAGACUAUAAACAAGGUUUUGGUAAUCUUAGUUCAGAGUUCUGGCUUGGAUUGGAUAAAAUAUACCGACUAUCAUCUGCAAGGAGAAAUAAACUUCGCGUAGACCUGGGAGACUGGUCAGGAAACAAAGCAUAUGCUGAAUAUGAUUAUUUUGCUGUAAAGAAUGAAAAUAAAAAAUAUCAACUAAGUGUUGGUAAAUAUUCUGGAAAUGCUGGAGAUUCAUUAUCUUAUCAUAAUGGCAUGGCAUUUUCAACCAAAGAUUCAGAUAAUGAUAAAUAUAAAGGAAACUGUGCCACUAGCCACAAAGGUGCUUGGUGGUAUAAUAGAUGUCAUUAUUCCAACCUGAAUGGGCACUACUAUAGUAGAGCAUACAACAGUGGGAAAGGUGUGAGUUGGUAUCAUUGGAAAAAAAACUAUAAAUCCUUAAAGUUUUCACAGAUGAAAAUGAAA